AUGGCAUCACUAUCUCCACGCCUGCCCGGCGUGAUGCUCCUGCGAGCAGAAGCCACCGGACCCGAAUAUGCGAGAUGGAAACGGGAAAUCAAGAGCGCUUUCACUGCAAAGGGAACAUGGGGACACUGCGACGGAAGCGUACCGAUGCCUAUGCCAGGAGCUGGGCCGAAUUUCUUUUCGCCGGUCACGCAGCCCGACAUGCAGACUACACUCUUGGAGGACCGCAAAGCUUGGGUGAAGAAGGAUAGGGAAGUGAAGCUGGACAUAUUCCUCUCGGUGUCAGACGACAUCAAGCUGGAGGUUUUCGAAGUUGGACCGCCACUACCGCCGAUGUCAAUGAACGCAAAGGAAAUGCUCGAGGCGCUGGACGAGCACUAUGAUGGCUUCAAGUUUGAGGACUACCACCAUGUCUUCUGCCAUUUCCUCAACCUCCACAUCGACCAGUAUACCAAUAUUGAAGACUUCAACGCGGAGUUCCAGGCAACUCUCGAAGACUUGCUGGACCAUGGCCACCCGCUGAGCAAUAUGCAGGCCUGCAGUGCCUACUUCUCAAAGCUGCGAUGCACCCAGAAUCCGUGGGUCGCAAAGCAAAUCAAAAUAUGGGACAGUCGGGACAAGGAGCCCCAGCUAGCACAGCUCAUGCAGCAAUCCCCGCCAUGGUCCAUCAUCCGCCCUCUAACAAUGUCGACAAAAGCCGCAUCAACACACGCAUCCGUGCCAGCAUCGAUACCAGAAGAGCCCGCCAUGGACACACCUCCCCACUCCGACAGCGAAGACACCCCCUCCGAGCGCUCCGUCUCGACCAUCUCCUCUUCGAAGCCCUCCCACUCCCGUGACUCCUCAAACGCCACUCAGCGCUCGCAGGAAAUCACCAUCCACGCCUCCUACGAAGACCUCACCGAGCUGCACCUCCAAGCCUUCCCCGAAUCACGCCAGAGCAACUCGAUCCGCACCCGCCAGCGCGGCAACCGUCUCCCUCCCCACCGCCGGUCCAGCAGAGCUACACCGCGCCCGAACUCCAGGCCGACGUCCCCUCCGCGCACAUCGCCGCUGUAAUGCGCGCGCUCACGCCCAGCCCUCCUCCGACAAUCACGCUCCUGCCGCCUGUGAGCCCAGAGAACAGGCCGACGAGUUCGCGCUCGGCGGUCGUCCCGCGGACGCAGACGCAGAUGCAGAGGGACGAUAGUUUUGAGAACUGGUCGCAGACCCGCCCGCUUCUGCGCAUCGACUCGUCCACAUCCAGCGUGCUCUCGCUGCCUCUGCAAGGUACCACACAUCCCGUGCGGAGCACGACGCCUGAGUUCGCGGAUACGACGAUUAAUGAGGGAUCC